AUGGCUGGCGAGAACAAGACAUCGAGUACUCCCAAAGUGACUAAGCAACAAUCUGAAUCACAAGAACCCAAGUCGAGGAAAGACAGCAAGGUUGAUCAGAACGUACCUGAGAAGGCAUCUUCGAAAGAGAAGUCUUCAAAACCCCGUCACAGAGCAUCCAUCGCCUGUGCUUCGUGCCGAGACCGCAGGAUUCGUUGUGUGGUACCUCCGGGAGAGAAAGAGUGCACCCAGUGUAAACGAUCAGGUGUAGAGUGCGUUAUCAAAAAUGACGAUGAGCGAAGAAGGCCCAUCUCGAGAGCAUACAUGUGCUCUCUUACGGACCGUGUCGCUCUUCUUGAAGCCAUGCUGAAGGAGCGAGGCGAGGAAAUACCUCCUGCGAACCAUCCACCCAAAACACGACAUAGUGCUCCUAAUAUCGAGGAAGAGCCCACCUCGCCAAGUCGAAAGGUCACUGAGCACACGACUGCACACAUCGAUAACUCUAGUCCUGCUAGCCAGGAAAGCCCUCAGGAAGACUACCCAGAGUUUGAGCAACAAGACUUCGGUCUCAGCCCCUACAUCUCAAAUGGAGAUGCAGACAGCGUGGGUUCUCCGCCUAUGCUACCUCCGCCAAAAAAGGACGGCAUGGUUAACCGACUUUUGUCUACACGCGGCCAUCUCUCCUUUGACCAGCUCAACGGGCGCCUUCGGUACUUUGGCCCGACAACAAACUGUCACGUGCACUCCGAGUCCGUAAACCCUUUGAACAUCACCCAAGAAUUCAAUGAGCAGGCCCGACGAGCCGAUAGAAUCAUACGCUCCCUCCCACUUGAAACAUACGACUACCUCAUGAAUCUGUUUUGGCAGUUCUACAACCCCGUCCUUCAUGUACUUCACCAAGAUGCCUUCAAUGAGGACCGCGAGACGGGUCGCACGCAGUUCUAUUCUGGAUUCUUGCACGUCUGUGUUUUGGCUAUGGGAUUUCGCUUUGCUAACAAAGAGAGACCGGAUAUCAAGAGGAUUAGUAUGCCUGGCAUGGAGAGUACUUUGCAUCGUGAGGCCAAGUACAUGCUCGACCAGGAGCUCGAAAGGCCAGGCGGAAUACCCAGUGUGAUUGCACUGCUACUGCUGGGAGACUUGGAGUGCGGUGUUGGCAGGGACAACAGUGGGUGGAUGUAUGCCGGGAUGGCUGUGAGACUUGCAUUUGACAUUGGUCUCCACCUCGACACACGUUCUCUCGGCCUCCCCCCUCGCGAGAUAGAGAUUCGACAGAUGACUCUCUGGGCAUGCGUGAUCUACGACAAGUACUGGGCACUCUUCCUCGGUCGUCCGACAUCCAUGAAAUCUGCGGAUCUAGAAAUCUAUAAUCUCACCAACAAAUUCGAGCGCCUUGGUACUUGUCGCCCCGCCGGUCCUGAGAAGAGUAUGGAAACCAUGAUCUACGAAGCCCUUCUUGACCUCAUGGAGCUCGCUGGUAAAAUAACGGAAAACAUGGAUCCCCAUCGUUCUCAAACCGCCAUCUCGGACUCGCACACGGCUAUAGACCGAAACCAGUACAUCCGUAUGGCAGCACUAGAUCGUGAGUUUAGCAGCUGGUAUGCUAGGUUACCCGAACAGCUUCUAUGGACACCAAACAAUAUUGCAACAGCACCCUUUAGUUUCUUUCUGCUCCACCAGCAAUAUCACUCCAGUCUGAUCUUAUUGCAUCGCCCUUUCGCGCUCUACGAUGACCAAGCAAGCAAUGAAAACGAACCCGACGACCAUUUCUCAACGUUGAGUAGGACGGUGUGUACUAAACAUGCAAUCAGAGUAGCAAGGAUAUAUUGGCAGCAUCGACAACGAUUCGACACGAAGCAAAUCUUCAUCACUGGAAUGCAACAUGCCGGCACGGCAGCAACCGCUCUCGUCGCCGCCCUAGCCUUCAUCAAAGACCCCGUCUCGCGCGCAAACAACAUGCAAUACCUCGAAUGCCUCGCCGCCGCCCUCUCCGACAUGGCCUACACCUACCAACCCGCGGAGCGCAUGUCCACCGUCCUCCGCGCCGUAAUGGUCGAACUGCGCGGCGGCCCGGACCCGCUC